GUUUGUUUUGAUUUCCAAAGUUAAUUCAAUUUCAAACACACAUCGCUCUUCUCCUUCGUCGUCGUCUCCGAAAAGAACCCUAAAAUGGAUGGGCACGAUUCUGAGGAUUCUAAGCAGAGCACUGCUGAUAUGACUGCUUUUGUCCAGAAUCUCCUGCAGCAGAUGCAAAGCAGGUUCCAGACAAUGUCCGACUCCAUCAUUACUAAGAUCGAUGAUAUGGGAGGCAGAAUCAAUGAGCUGGAGCAGAGCAUCAAUGAUCUAAGAGCCGAGAUGGGAGUUGAAGGCACUCCUCCUCCUGCCUCCAAGUCAGGAGAUGAACCAAAACCACCGGCUGGUUCCACUUGAAAGAUUUUAAGUUCAUCUUCCUUCAUGGUUAUGAAAUUUGUUAAGAUUUGUGUUACUUUUUAAAAGUCAUGAAUAUGUUGUUGGAGUUCAUCAAAUAGAUUUGAUGAUGUGGUGGUACAUUACACUUACUCUGCAUUUAUGAUUUGCUUUCUAUGUUAGUUUUGAGAUAACUGACAAGUCUCUAACGCCUGAAGGAUUCGCUAACCAAGUAUUUUGCUUUCCCAUUGUUCUAUACUGUUAAAAUUUUAACAUU